AUGACGACACAGACGGGAAGGGCUCGCUUUGAGGCCGGCAACGUUACUUUCAUCGUCCAGCACGAACUGUGGGACGGCAACAUCCAGGACCACUCCGACCAGGGCGUGGUCAUAUUGGUCGAAGUCGGCGGCGAGACCGCGCUCCGCUUCAACUGCUUCGACAUCGAGAAGAGCUACGCCUACGCCCCCGAUGGCAAGAACGUCCAGUACCGCAUGGACCAGACGGUCGACGGCAACCCCAUCGGCUGGUCGGUGAAGACCAUCAAGAAUAGUCUGGGCGCGAUGCUGACCACCGCCGGAUACGGCGACGCCGUCGGCGCCCUGGAUAUGUCUGCCGUCUCGGCGGCGCUGGAAGAUGUGGACAGCACGGCGCGGAUCAAGUUCGCCGGCGAGCGCAACACGGUCAAGCACAACCGCGGCACCGACAUCAUCGAAGCCGGUAACAUCCGCUUCGGUCUGGAGAUGCGGCGGCAGGCCUCGGGCGACGGUGGCCUGGCCAUUCACGUCCUCAGCGACCUCGCGGGCAACACGGGGCGGGUGUUCACCGAAGAGACCGAACUGCUGGCGUUCGACUGCUUCCGGGACGACCCGCACUACCACUACGGCCCUCGCAACAAGAACCACCGGAUCUUCUGGGACAAGACCCUGGUUCCCGACCCGCUGGGGUGGUGCCUCGACCAGUUCAAGACCGGCAAGCUCAAGGCCAUGCUGGAACGCGCCGGCUAUCCCGGUGUCGCCGCCGACCUGGACGAAGAUCUCCUCUCCUCGGUUAUCCCCCAAGUCGAGGCCCGGGGCCGUGAGAUGGAAUCCGGAGGCAUCCCGCCCGAGGUUACGCCCAACCUGGUAAGGUAA